AAGAUGGAUCCAGAGGAGCAGGAGCUGUUGAAUGAUUACAGAUACAGAAACUACUCUUCCGUGAUAGAAAAGGCAUUAAGAAAUUUCGAGUCCUCGAGUGAAUGGGCGGAUCUCAUAUCUUCCUUGGGCAAGCUCAACAAGGAACCCAAUCACCAUACCAAGCCUGGAUUGUAAAUUUAAUUAUGGAAAUGAAGGUUAGUUUAUUUAAACUCUGUACAUUGAAAAAACCUUUGCGGUAAAACUUCUUUAAAAAAAAAAAAAGUCCUGUUUUCCUCCCUGGCCGCUGGACGAUCAGCCGCCAUCAUGAACAACGCGGUAACUAUCCAGACUAGGAAGUUCAUGACCAACCAACUGCUUCAGCGGAAACAAAUGGUCAUCGAUGUUCUUCACCCUGGAAAGGCAACAGUACCUAAAACAGAAAUUUGGGAAAAACUGGCCAAAAUGUACAAGACCACACCAGAUGUCGUCUUUGUAUUUGGAUUCAGAACUUAUUUUGGCAGUGGCAAGACAACUGGCUUCGGCAUGAUUUACAAUUCCUUGGAUUACGCAAAGAAGAAUGAGCCCAAACACAGGCUUGCGAGACAUGGCCUAUAUGAGAAGAAAAAUACCUCAAGAAAACAGUGAAAGGAACGCAAGAACAGAAUGAAGAAAGUCAGGGGGACUGCAAAGGCCAACGUUGGUGCUGGCAAGAAAAAGUGAGCUGGAGAUUGGACAACAGAAGGAAUAGAGAUUCUGCAGUGACUGUAUCUGUGGUGAUUGUGCAGAUUUUUCAUGAAAGAGAGAAUAAACUAAGACCUUUUAC